AUGUCUGGUCGUUCGAUCCGCAGCGUCCUGUCGACGACAGGCCAUGUGUUUGGUGAUGCCUCAACCAUGGCGGGCAUGCUGUGCCGGCAGCGGCUGCCGGCACUCGUCUCAUCGACCACAAGGCCCCCGUCGUCGUGUCAGGGGACAGGGCGACUGCUCUCGACGACAGCUCCACGCUACGCCCACGCCAUCGACUUUCUGCCCUCGUCCUCCGCCGAGCUUGACGCUGUUCUCGAGACGAUCCGACUCACGAUCCUGGUGCCCUCGUAUCUGCGGGCCGAACAGCGACGCCAGCUCUUCAGUCCGCGGCACAGGGAGAAGCUGCGGGCGGACCCCAUCACGCUCGAGAUCGACGGGACCGUGCUUAGCUUCACCGGCAUGGACCUGCUGCGCGAUAUGCCAAAUGCGCGUGCCGCCGCGCGCGAUGCCGUCGGCCGCAUGACUACGCGCGAGGACUUUGACAACCUGCCGCGCCUGCUCGAGGGCCUGCACAAUGCCGGCCGCCGCCUCCGGCCCGCCGACUAUGCCCGCAUUGCUCGGCGUGCCGGCGAGCGCGGCUGCAUCUACGCCGUCAUCGAGAGCGCUCGCACUGUGCGGCGCACCGGCUUCCGCCUACAGACGUCCGAGACCGUCGCCGAGAUCUUGACCCAUGUGCAGCUCCGGGCCGUCGACAGCGGCUGGGAGGAGGCGGCAACGCGCCAGGCCCUGGUCUGGGCCGAGAUGGUCGUCGACAUGCUCGAGGACGACCAGCACGGCCGACAAGCUGCUGCGACCACUUCGACAACGACGACACUACCACUCAUUGAUGCUGACUCAUCCGCCACUCUGCCGACAUCGCCACCACCGCCACUCCCGGCAUUUCCACUGGCACGUGACCCACAGGUUCUGGCCGCACGACUACACCUGGCCGCCAUGGUGGCGACGCAGCCGGGCGACGGCGCAGACGCGGCCAAGGACAAGGUGGCCCGGUAUGCAGGCGAGCUGGUGCGCCUGUGGCCCGCCAGCAAGGGCCUGCGCAGCCUGCACCCGGCAGCGACAUACACUGACCGGCGCGGCGAGAUGCACUACCUCGACGAGGACAACAAGUUUUUGGGCGUGGCCGCACCACUGCUCUACGGCCUGGACGCGGCUGUGGCCCUGCUGCGCGGCAGCGACGGCGAGCUGGCGACGGCGCUGCAGGCGCGGCGCGACGCGCUGGGUGCUGAGGUGGCGUCGGCGCUGGUGGGAGCACCAGACCGACGAGGCGCGGCCGUUUACAAGAAGCUGUUUGGCGAGGAGUAG